UGUGGUUUAAUCGGUCAGCAGUUGAACAGUGUUACUCCAGCUGAUUAAAAGACGCGCCUCUACAACUCGAGGCCAGAACCUGUGAACAUUCCAGCUGUCACCCAUCCGCUCUAAAAAUUGGUUUGUUCGGCUGGCUCACACUAAACUCUUCCCCGUUGCUCUGUGGUCAGAACUAAGAAGCCCUUAUGAAGAGCCUGUUAUUUGCUGCAUUGAUGUGACGUCCUCCUCUCUUAACGUCAAAUCAUGUCCUCUGAGAUAAGACGUUACAGACGUUACAGACCCGCCUUCUAAGGCCAACACAGUGGAGGUUGGAAAAGAAAUCAGAUAAGACUGAGGAUGGCUGAUUCCAGGGAUGGGUCUUUCCCGGACUCGGUGACUUGGGGGAUCACGUGUCUGUUGGUAUUGCUCACUUGGGUCUUGCUCCAAAAGUUAUGCUUUCCACGUUCGCCCUUGGCCGCUUUGGCAUUGAUGCGGCGGACGCGCCGCAUACAUACCUGGGCCCAAGGUGGGAUUUGGCACCCGUUGUAUUGCGUGAUUUGCGAGACUUUGCUCAUAGUGGGAUCGUCCGGGAUUUGUUGCGCAGAUUGCGGUAUCGCUUCGUGCGAAAAGGGUCAGUGUGUGCAGCGCACAGAGCAGAGAUUCAGUUGUAAAGCGCGCGCCCGUAAAACAGGUGCCACGCCCACAGCCCAAGAUGACCCCCAAGGUGGGGUCUUUCGGCAUCAUUGGGUGUCUGGAAAUCUACCCCUCAUGUCUGAAUGUGAGGUGUGUGAUGCUUCAUGCGGCGGAGAUGGACCUGAGAGUGUCAUACAAGAUCUACGAUGUUGUUGGUGCCAACUCACUGUUCACAAGUCUUGUCAGCAGAAGAUGAGCAACAUCUGCGAUUUGGGUCACUACCGCGAGUUCAUUAUCCCGCCAGAAUGCGUAAUUUUGAAGAAUCCCAAAGUUGCUGGAUCCGAAUUCAAGCGGAGCAGUAUUAAACAGAUUGUCAGACAAAUCAUGGGCAACACCACUCAUAACCGCCCAUGGCGACCUUUGAUUGUAGUGGGCAACACCAAAGCGGGCAAUAACGACGGUGGAUUCUUCUUGAACGCCUUUCGUGGUGUGCUGAACCCCAUUCAAGUGAUCGAUCUCAAUGAGCGACCCAUGGAGGACGCCAUUCACCUCUGUCAGCUCUUGGAACCCACCAGAUGUCUCAUCAUUGUAGCGGGAGGGGAUGGAACCAUUGGUCAACUGCUUGACCUGCUCCAGACCGCCAACAGGUUGGAAUCCAUCCCAUUGGACCGUUGGCGAGUGACCGUCCGAUCUGACCACCCACACUACUCAUUCAAGCGACCAUUGGUGCCGCCGAGAUCAAUCACAGAGAUCUUUGUCCAGAACUAUCUUAGCAUUGGUGUGGACGCCCUGGUCACAUACAACUUCCACAAUGCACGGGACUCGAAGAGCAGCAGUAGCCACAACAACAGUCCAUUCUCUGGACGAUUGUACAACAAGCUUCUCUACUUCAUUUAUGGCACCAAGGACGUAUUGGAGCGGGAGUGCAAAGACCUUGACCAGAUAUUGGAGUUGGAAAUGGAUGGCCAGAAGGUGUCCUUGCCCAAGAUCGAGUCAGUGGUGAUCCUGAACAUUCCCUGUUGGGGAGCCGGCGUGCGACCCUGGGAACUGGGCCAAGGUCACGAACACUUUCCCGUGCCCUCGUUCAGCGAUCAUAAACUCGAGGUGUUUUGUGUGUACUCCAGCUUUCACAUUGCUCAGAUGCAGGUUGGUAUCUCUGAACCUCAUCGCAUUGGUCAGGCUUCAGAUGUGAAGAUCCGGUUAAAAGGUCGCGCCCCUGUGCAGACUGAUGGGGAACCCUGGAUUCAGGAACCCGGCGAGAUCCACGUACAGUAUCAUAGUCAUGUUCCUGUGUUAAAGUUGUCAUCGUUAUCAAACUAGUCCAUCUAAAAGUCAUUCAAUCGAUCAAGCAAGAAGUCAUUCACUCAAUGACAAUGUUAUUGAACAGUGUUAGAUCUAGUCAAUAAAAACAAUACACUGAAGGGUAUUUCAAAAUUUCAAAAUAAAUUGAUCCCCUAAUGGUCGUUGACUUAAUCUGGAAUUUGCUAUCAUAAUAAUAACAAAAUAAUUUCACGUUUUCGUGCUUAACAUCCAUCAGCCUACACUCCACUCCACACACUACACUACAGGGAAAUACCCAAAAACAUCUUGGCGUUUUUCUACCUCAGAAAGUCAUAGGGAACAACUUUGGUUGUAUUGCUUUAUGGAAUGGUAGCCCAAAUUAGAAAUUUGCAUGCCUAAAAAUAUUCCUAAAGCUAGGAUUUUCAAAAACAUAUUCAAUGAAAAUUUGGACCACACGUAGUUAGCACUUGAUUAUAAAUUAUGAUAUCAUCUAUUAAACUACCGGUAAGUUACAGGGUAUGUAUUGAUCCAAAUUUCAUCGUUGUAGCCCUAAAUGUCCCAGUUAUGUCUUAUAUUGUUUUCUGCGUUCAGUGAGAUCAGACGUGCGGUCAAGAGCUCCUCAGACACAUUUCGUUUUUCUGACUGAAGCGUUCUGUUCCGUUAUCAGGGGUGAGAAGUUCGUGUUCUGUCUUUAGUCCUUUGGUUGUGAGCUCAAUUACAGAUUGAGCCAUGUGAAAGCUAGGGGUUAAAAGACCAAUGGGCUGGCUAAGGACAGUAGUUGUGGUUCGCCCAAGUAGGCUUUAAAUGUGCAUUCGGCGUGAACAGACAUGUGUCCAACUGAGUUGAUGAGUUGUAUAUUUUUCCAAUAGGGCUUGUCAAGUGAACGCGUUCAUGAACAACUGACGUUAUUGCAUGGAGUAAAAUCGAAGACAACGUGCCCAACCAAACUGCAUCGUACGUGCAUUGAAUUUCGAUAUUUAUUUCAUUUUAACUUGCUUGUUUAAACAAAAAGCGUUGUGGAAUUGAGCCACUGAAUUAUACCAAACGUGUUUAUUUUCUUGGGUUUUAUAACACAACUCACUUAAAAUCACUCGAUUAUUGAAAAUUCAUUGGGCAGAUGAUGCAAGUGACUGUGACGUUUGUCUUAGUUCUCCCUCCCCAAAAUGCCCAAAUCAGGGUGCCGGACCGCAAUCUUCCUUGAAUUUCCUUCACUUGACAUGCCUUAUUGAAAUGUUCCUGAUCCUCUCUAUCCUUGGAGCAUAAUCAUUCAGGACAACUCUGCCGAAUGGUGUUUCAUUAAAGUCUGAUGGAGUUUGAAUAUUGCCACAACAAUCGAUCAUGAACAAGGCUGCCAUGAGGCUAAUAUAUUUAAAGUCAAAAUGACUUUUGACACUAAUCACAUUUGUGUGUCUGGCGAAUUGCAAUAUUAUUCCGAUUUGAUUGACUAGUUGCUCAUUCACUUUACAUUAUAUUCAAAGCUGAAAGAUAAUAUUUUUUACUAGGAAAUAUGCCUCGUAUUUCACAAUGUUAAUGAACGUGCUCAAAUUUGAGUUAGCUUCAGACUUGUUUGCUUUUAAAUUGUGCACAUUCUUCAGCAAAGAUAAUGCCAUAAUGUUAUAAUAUCAUAAACUAUUGCUUUUUGUUUCGGGUAAGCAUUUCAAACACUUAAUGGCCAUUUUGGACCACCAUCCACCAUUUUCUGCCUAUGUCUGCCAUUUCUUGCCACUUUCUGCCACUCUUAGCCAUGACGUGGUAGAAAAUGGCAGAAAUUCCUUCAAAGUCGAUUUUUGCCAUCGCUGAACACAGAUCAUACAAUGACCACCAGAUCUUGCAUUGGUCCGAUUUCAGUACAAAGGAAAAGAGACUCAACGUCAGCAGAUCUGCACACUAAAAAAGAGACGGGUGACUGACGGAUCGGUAGUAAUGUCACUCACUACUAGUACCGACGUAAAAUUGCUGGGUCUUCAGUAAACGCAGUCAGUGACAAACUCACUCAAAAUCCAAGUACGUUUGCAAAUCAAAAUGCAUGCGUCCCUAGACAUCAACAUUCUUUUAUCAGAUGAUGAAGGCAAGUGAUCCCAUUUUUCCUCGCAUUAAGUGAGGUUUCGGCAUUACAUGGUCUGUGACCUUGAAGGCAUUGACCAUUGUCCCAGCCAGCUUCUCGUCCCACAAGAGGGCAUGAUUAUACGGUGAAUGUUUUUGUUAGGUGUUGACCAUAUCGCCUUAUUGAAAACCGAACUUGAAUAAAAUUUAUGUCAAGAGAGACCCGGCUAUUAAAUGCUCAAUUUUCUUUCUUAUGAACUAGUUUUCAAGGUACGAAUUUCACUCAAAGCCAAAUCUGACGUGUGGAACUGCUCUUUCUCUUCACCAGUGACCGGAAGCUUGCUUUCCAGGCACUCGUGAAUACGGAGCCAUGAAAUAAAGCUUCUAACCAAGGGUUUGGUUUCCUUUGUGUGCGUAAGAGUGAAUAUUAUACCUCUGAAUACCGGUCCUCAUAAAAGAACAAAAACUGUUUUGAUUAAAAUCACGAACUUUACUUUCCGACCCCUAAUACUUAUGUUUUCAAUUCAUUGUAAAAGUAAAUAAUUACACUUACUCAUAUUAAUUUCAAUUUGACUUGAUUAAAUUUUGCCCAAUGUAAUAAGAAAAAUCAAACACAAAUUGCAAUCUCAUUUUGACCUUGUUUUGUUUUUAGGGAUGCAUGAAUAUGAGUAUCUUGCAAUUAUAUCACUAAGAGUUAGCUUUUGCUACAGUACCAACUUCUCUUGACUUGGCCUUUUCAUUUCUGUUGUCAAUCUUGUUUGCAGAUUUGUUAAAACAAGGAAAUAAUUUCCGAAUCGAAUAUUUAUCAAAAAAUUGAAAUGAAAUGAAAUGAAAUUUGAUUAUGAUUCGAAAUAUAUUGAAAUUCUAUUGAAUUAUAAAUGUAAACUGAAUAUUUGCUUUCACAAUAACUUUCAUUUCAAGCCCGUGUAAUUUUAAUCAAUGCAUUUUUAAAAGUUCCUGACAGAAAGAGUUGCCACAGAGACGUAUAAAGCACCGGCUCGGAUUUCAGGUGUACGGGCUAGCCAGGCUGCACCACAAUCGCGGUAAGACUACGGUAAACGUUAUUCUACAUCGAUUAGUUGGCGGUGCUACUUUUUUAAAUCUUAACCUGACCUAAUCAAACCUAAUCUAACCUUACCUUACCUAACCCAACCUAACCUAACACGAUAUUAAUAGCCCUUAAAGUCUCGAUCUAAACCUUUUAACGUUUUGCCACAAAUUUAAAAAUGAGCACCGCCAACUAAUCGGUGGAGAAUAACGUUUACCAUGAUUGAAGCUCAUUCAGCGCUUGCAACUCUGCAUUAACAAACUUGUUCGCCAUUUUGGGACAUUGUUCAAGAAUUACUUUAAACUACAUUUGCUCAACAUUCAUUUGCUUCAAUAGUCAUGAAAUUGCAGGUGACAAAAAGAAACUGAAAUAAUAUUUGGUGCUAACAUUUGGUCAUAAGUAGCCUCCGGUCUAUUUUUGCUUUCCAUAUCAAGCAACACAGAGAUGACAAGGAAUAUUAUAUUAUGAUAUCUUCAACAAUCACCGGUAAUUGAACCUGCUAUCCCUAAGAAGCAGAUUCUUGCCAUGUCCAUGCUGGCUUCUGAUUAGUAGACCUUGAAAAAAAAAAUGCCAUUUUGGUCGAACUUUUUUGGUAGUUGGGGAAAAUUGCGAAAAAUUUGGAAAAUAUGCGAAAAAAUUUUCUAUAUUUGUGGGUGCACAUCAUAUGCUGAGUAGUACACAUUUAUUUUUAUAUGACUAGAUUAAACAUUUACAAUGAGAGAGCAUGAGCAUAAUGCUCAUGACCGGGAUAUCACAUAACGUUGAAAGAUUACAAAAAGUAGCAAGUGGGAAAAAGUCGAGGAAAACUGAAAAACUAAAUGUUGAGAAUGAACAAAAAAUGCAAUGAAUUGCAAAAACGUUGCUACCAUGGCCAAAAGGUCAUUGUUAGUCCUGUUUAUUGCCUAUUUUCUGUUGCCAAGUUCGAGGGAAACAAUUGCAUAGUAUUGGAUGAUCUAUUGAGCCUCUUUAUUUUAUUGACAAGAAAAUAAAUCCGCCUUAUUACAAUGCUUGACAUUAGGACACUUCUUAGGUGAUGCCAAUGUUAUGGUACAGUAAACAAUUGAUUCUUUUCGAGAUUCUAGUGCUAUUCCUUAGGGCACUUUUGCUCACCUAAUGAUUAGAUUUGUGUCCUAUUUGAUCCACAACUGAAUAAAAUCCUUGUUCUUAGAAGUCAUCUUUCUCUUUGUUACGCAUCAUCACAGGAAGAAAAGAAAAAAAGAUCAAAAAAAUGAUAAUGGACAAGAAUGUUGUAUUGGGCCCCAAAAUCCCAAAAUAUGUGAAAAAAAUGAGGCUUGAGGAUUGAAGUGGAACUAGUGCUGGGGCCUGUCGAGACUCAAGUUAGAGGUUAAUUUUUAGGUCAGCUGACGCCUCAAAUGGGGGACGUGCGUUUUUUUACUCUUCCGACAAGAAUCUUGUUUUUAAUGGUUUUAAGUCGAUAAAAUAGUACCAAAUGUGAUGAGAGUGCGCGGGGCCACGCCCACGAGCAGUGACCCCCUAUUAAUCUGUCAUAUGCCCCGUUCGAUACACCUCCCCUUCCAAUCCUUCCUCUUCCCAUAUUCCCCGGCCCACGUCUUUUUCAAGACGUGAGCUUCUAGCCCUCCAAUCCUCUUCCUCAUCCCAAUCAUCCCUUCCCUUUCCCCCUCAAUAGCCAUAGUGACAUCGCUUUUCUAAAAGACUCAAGUCCAGAUUUGUGAAAACAUUCUUUGGUUUAAAUUUUGCAAUAUAAAUAAAUCUUUUAUUGCAACUCUCGGUCAUGUAAACUUGUAAAAUAAAAGAAUUAUGUGUGUAAACAACUUACACAAAUUUGGAUAAAGAAAUAAAAGAAGAAACUAAAAUGGUUAAAACGAUAAAAGAUUCGACUAGUGAUAUCUCAGCAGAGAUGACUAGAAUUGGUUCAGUGAACAUGAAAAAAGGGAAGAGGGGAAUCACAGACAGUACAAACACAGUUAGGUAAAGGUAAAUGAUGAAAUUCUUGGUUAUUGCAGAGUUGAUGAUGGGCCAGAUUGAACAGAUCUUUUGUCAGCUCCCGUCGUUGAUGGCAUUUGGCCGGCAGCCGAACAAAGAUGCGUGACCGCCAAUACUCCGGAGGGAUGUCGGGCCAAGGACCAUAAGGUGUAAUGCAAGUCCUUGACCAGGAAGGACAACUUGUGUCCGGACUUCACCUCCGGAAAGAUCAGGUUCCCAACACUGUUGGACACUAACCUUGCCAGCCCGAUGGUGAGGGGCUCGGUUUUGCAUAGAAAAUGUGUCCAUGCAUUGUUGGCAUAUUGGGGCAUGCAGAGGUAUCGCUUGAGGAGCUUGGUGUAGGUGGCAUCGGCGGAUUUGAGGGCGGAUUGGGCGGAGUUGGGAAGCCAAAGGUGUAGGACGUAGAGAAAGAUUGGGGUGACGUAGAUCCGGAAGAGUUGAAGGACUAUUGGGAGGGCAAGAUUCUUCAUGGGAAGUCUAUUGCAUAUGUAUCCGAUCCUGGCCCUGGCCUUAAUUAUUGUGGAUUUGAGGUGAUUGGUGAAUGAGAGUUGGGUGGAGAGGUGAAACCGACAUAGUUAAAACUAUUGACGCUUUCAAUCGGACUAUUAUUGAUGCGGAAGGAGGUGGGAGGCAGACGACCUUUAUGGAUAAUCACGGCCUUCGUCUUAAUGUUAUUGACUUGAAGGCCGUUCUCUUAGAAAUAAACAUGGAGCGCAUUGAUGUCAUUUUGCAAUUCCAUGGCUGAAUCAGCCAAGAGAACCAGGUCGUCUGCAUUUUGUAGAUAUUGAACAGGAAAACAGUUGAUGUAGGGGACUUGGUGUGUAAGAACUUCGGGCAGGUCGGAUACAUGUAGAUUAAAAAUAAUUGGCGAUAGUGGAUCCUCCCACAGAAAGCCAACGGAAGUGAAAUAACAGGGGGAUAGGUCCUCACCAGAUCGAAUGGAGCACCUGAGUCCCGCAUAGAUGUUGGACAGCAAGGCCAUAGAAAACCAUAAUAUAUGAAGUUAUCUAUGAGCAGGGCACAGAUUGAACGCGAUUCUCCCCAUCGUUGGAGUUUAAGGAAUAAUCGCGUUCGGUCCACUGACACAAUCCAAAAUCGCCGCAAAAGCAAACAACAAACCGGCGCAACCUCCAAACCCAAUUAACACCUACUCCCCAUCAGACAUACCUCAAUCUGGCCAAAACUAGGCACAAAAGUGAUUCGUGGCUGGACAAUCAGCACAGAGACAACCCACGUGCUCCGGGGUAAUAUAUAUAUAUACAUAUAUUUAUAUUUAGAUACAUGUCAUUAUCUAUUAUGUAUCGUAUCUAUUCUAACCGCAAAUACAUCCUAGGUUCCUACCGUUAAAUCUAAACACGCGAUAUCUCAGUCCACCCUAUCAAAUGCUCUAGAGAAAUCCACGAAGCAUCCGUACACCCUCCUCUUGUUUCUGAUGUUAGAAUGCACAAUUUCAUAGAGGAGAGUAGCUGCCGAGGUGGUAGAGCGGCUUCUCCGGAAACCAAAUUGGAACUGGGAAAUUAUGAGUCUUUAUAAUCGACUUGAGUUCAGUGAAGGACUGAAUUCUCCGCAUACAAAGUUAGUUUCUGGUAGCAAUGGCCAAGAUUCCACUAGCCUUGCAAAGGACCUAGAUAUAAUCAACUCUCGGGUUACUGAGAGUAAGGGCAGCUUUACACAGGAUGAAAAACCAAGAUUAAAUCGGGAUUGAGGAUUGAAGUAGGACUAAUGCCGGGGCAAGUUUUUCGCACUAUGAGUCUUUUGGCUCAAACUUAGUACAAUCAAAGACUACAGCCCUUUGCUGGACUCAAAUCUUUUUCCUGAAUCACCCCAGCACUAGCCCUACAUAAAUCCUCAAACCGGAUUCAAUGCCACUUUUUUUGAGUCUUGUUUAGAAUUGCUGGUUCCGAAUUUCAGAUUUGCUGAAUCAAACAUUUGUGGCAUCAUUUAGAAACCAUUGCAAGUCUUGAUGGCAUGCAUGUCGCGUUAGGCAAUUUUGUGAUUAAUUAUUCCCGAUUUUCUCUCGCAACCCCUCGCCCUGUGUGGCGGCCAUCAAAAUCAGCUCUCGUCAAUUUUUCUUCUUUUACCUAAGUAUCACACUUCAGCUUCUUUAGGUGCCUCACACCAAACUGACAAAUAUGCGCAGCAGUGCCCUUGGUCAAGGACACUAAAGCAGAGUUUAGAGUCCCUGGAUGGACCCGCUCUUGGAGGCAAAGUUGUCUCCAGCCUCUGCUAUGUAGAUGACUUGGUGGUUGUGGCAACCUUACCAGGCGUGCUGCAACGUGCUCUGGACGACCUCUACGUAUACUGUUUGGCCAACGACCUUGUCAUCAAUCCUGAAAAGACCAAGGUCCUGGUGUUCUUCCGAGGCCGACUUCCCAAAGGAGAAGGUGACAUCAUCUACACCAAUGAUGGCCAGACCCUCCAAAGGGUGAAGGCAUUUCUGUACCUUGGAAUUGACUUCACGCGGCAGUUGAGCGCUAGAUGACAUCUUCAGCGCAUUAACAAAAGGGCGAAAUCAAGGAUCUACGUGCUACCGCUUUUUAAAAUCUGUCUGACAGUCUGGAUCUCAGGAAAUAUUGCUCAGUCCGCCAUCAUCUCCACCAAUGCUACCCUGACCAAGUUCCUGAAGCAAUAUCUUGGACUGCCAAAGCAAACUUUGUCUUGUUAGUCCACCACAUCUGCCAGACAAUGCUUCUUUUCAAUUAUUUGAGUGCCAUCGCCAGAGAAAGAACUCGGUCACUGAGUCAACCAGUCUACUUUGACAGGCUGAGGCUCACUUUCAUUGACGAAAUGCCUCCUAUCGACUUUAAUCAGCCCAUACGCAUCCAAGAUAUACCCAGGGAGUUCUGGAGGUCUCGUCAGCUCAUUUGUUUACCCAUCUCGAAGCUUUACCGUCCCCACCUUGUCAGAGAAACAGCCGAUUCCAAUCAUUAUCUUACGUACUCUGAUGACUUAUCAUUUUUGGUCAAGAUCAGAUUGUCUAUGCACUGUUUGCGGCGAGUCCAAUCAUCCUUAUCACUCGCUUCAUUUCUGUCAUAGUCAAUAGUUCUACUCAACAAUGUGAUACUGCCACUGUUUUUUCUUCUUCUCUUAGGUUGCAACAUGAUGCAUUUGCGGUCGAAAUCCAUUUAUAUUAUUUAGUCUCAUUCAGAUUGAUCCCUUCUCCUUUGGUUGGUGACUAUGAUAAAUACUUUGGAAGAAAAAAUCAAAUUCAAACCAUUGACCAUAAAACCAAGUUUUUCAAAGCCAUUCCUGUACAGUGAUCGUGAUUGGUGGCAUGAAAAAAUCGAGACAGAAACCUUCUCAAUUUAAGUGGGAAUUCCAUUAAUGAAACAACUCCUGGUUGCAGGUGAAUGAAUGCUCAUGAUCCCCUCUACUUAUCUCUGUCAAUGGUUUUGCUCCCCUAAUCGCUUUAUAAUGGCUCAAGGCACCGUGCUUUGCUUUUAAUAAUACAGAGGACAUUCAUGGAUUUUGAAAUGCUUUGUUGUUGCACUUGGUACUGUUGCCACCGCUAUUGUCAGGCCUGCAAUUUUUCUGUGGACAUUCAGUCCGAAAAGCACCUUCAAAUUCAGGUGUGAAAUUAUCUCAGCCUAUUUCUUAGCUUUUCACGAUGUUUUGGACCAGAAUUUUUGCGUAAGAUUAGUAUAUUACAGGGAUUUGCCGGAGGGAUUGAACCAAACGAUGUAAAGACCUCAAAAUGGUCACCAUUAUCGCAAAUCAUUGCACCACAAUGUACGAGUAUGAUGCUCUUUCAGUUGGUAAAUGUAUUAUCAAUCUGUGUGCUGCUUGUGGGGGUGACACGGGUAAAUUUAGGUCGGUUGUUCAUAACCAAGUCGUUGAAGUUGGAAGAUUUGUUGUGUUAUUCAGGAAAAUCUCUGCAUAAGUAGAUUGAAUUGGUCUUGAACUUAGUAGAAUUAAUGUACUGUUCAGUUUACUAAGGGCCAUGUACAUUUUAUUAAUUGGAGGAAGAAAAAAAAGUAUCAAAUAUUUGUUACAUUCAAGGGCUUCUCCUGAUGGCUUUCGGUAUUGAGGAUUGUACCAAUGAAUCUGUUCAAGGAAAUGCUGCAAAUGAAUAAUCACGCAACCAAAGCAGCAAAAUCGGACUCCAAAAGUCGGUUAAACCCUUUCAGAUGUUCUUUUUUUUUGUUUUUCCCGUUUUGGAAACACUAAUUUCUACUGACAUUUUCUGACGUCACAGGGAACCUUGCUCAGAUUUCUUUGUUCGUUGACAGAGGGUGAGGUGAAGGACAGCAUGCAUACGAAGUUGACUUUCUUCCUUGGCAAAUUUCCAUCCUUGAUGGGAUAUCGGAGUCAGUUGUAAUCUUACAAGCCAGCUGAUUAGAGAAUCUUCUCGUAGGACCAGAGGCCCUUUCCAUCAGUGCUCUUACUGGAAACGCGUGCUUUUGAAUGCAAAGCAGAGUUCCCCCCACCCGCUCAAGACCUUUGAGGCACGGCAAGACAACGGACAUAUUUCUCGAAAUCCACCAAUUCCACACUUGAGCCACUAGAACAACUAGAGCGACUUGAACCACUUCCGGCUAAUCAUGAAUUGCAUCUUGAGCGUGGCCGUGGAAGAGGUCCUCCAUGACCACUUCCUGAUGGUUUGCCAGACUGAGUUGGACAAGUCGCACUUGGAAGAGAUGGACCUGAACAAAGCGGAUCAGCAUGACUACCAGACCACCAAAGAUCUGGUUCAUGAUUGGAUCGAAGCGGCCACUGGCGGAGGAAAUGAAGACGAAGAGCUUGAGGCCAACAGGGUGCUUCAGAGUCAUCCUAGCUUUGACCCGGUGUUUAUGAAAGUUUGAGGGAAAUAUAGCCCAGGAAAAGAGGCGCA